CUGUUCUUUCACUUUUUCUCAAGAGAAAAUAACCAGUCUCCUUAUUGUUUCAAUUAUUCCUGAAUACUAACCAGACCUAAAUUUUAAUAUAAACACACUAUUAAAUUUGUCGAAUAAAAAUUCUUUGUUUUGGACUAUGCAAUCUAAUGAGUGUCAAAUUUCUGAUGUCGAGGAAGGGUACGAUUAUGAAGACACAGAAACUGAAUGGGACAUUUUAGAUCAACAGUUUGAGACCAGCUCAGAAAGUGAUGAUUAUGCAACCACAGACAAUCACGCCUAUCAAGAGCAACAUCAAAACCAGCACCAGCACUAUUAUUUUGAUCCGACCAAAAUAACCACUUCUUUGCCUUUAUUACCUUUCCAGAAUCAAGUCGGUGGUCACGCGUCGUUUUUCAGAUUUUCUAAGCGAGCCAUAUGCAAACCAGUAUCGGUUAGAGAGCAACAAUUUUAUGAACAUAUCGAUACUCAUCAUCAUGAACUGUUACCUUUUACGUCUCAAUAUAUGGGUGUUUUGAAUGUAACUUAUCGUACAGCCGAAAAUCCCGUCGACCCACCGGUUCCAGAGGUUCUUUUUGAGAAAAAUAAGCAAUUGCUACGUGAUUGGCGCGCAUGCUUAGCUUAUCAGAAGAAGUAUAACCAUCAUUCAGGUCACACCCGUCAUCAUCAUCAACAUCAACAACAUUAUAACUAUCAGCAUUCUCAUAGUAACGAGAAAGACUAUGAUCCACCACGGCGUUAUUCGGGAUCGCCGCCAGUGAAUAGCAGCAUAUCCGCCAAAGUUUCUAGAAGUAGAUCACUCCACAGCGAUAUUAAUGAAAAGAAAAAUGGUCGAAUUCGCUUAAAGAAAUUUCAAGAACAGGUGUUAAGAGAAGUGUUCUCACCCAAAGCGUUGAAAGAAAGAUUAAUGCAAGCAGAAGAUUGGAGACGUAAAAAUCGACGCUCAAGUGCUGUUAGUACCCUCAGCCUUACAGAGUUGAACUCACCCAACUGUUGGAAUAAUGAUGAACACCCCACAGACGAUAACUUAUUUUUGAAUACAGAGAAUAAUCCUAAUACUGCUCCUGCUUCUGCUGCUCCUGCUGCACUUACAAGCAGUAGUGGUACAGAUAUUGGCUUUAGUGGUAACACAAAUCUUGACACUAGAAAUGGAGUAAAAGUCGCUAGUAGUGAACUUAAUUUACCACAUAGCUUUUCAAAUGGAUUCCCAGUAAUAAUCAACAGUGUUGAUAAGGAUCGUAAAUUAUGGACGGAUGAAAAUUUAAUAGCUGAAGGAGGUCGUUCUAUGCCUCUCAUGAGCGAAAUGACUUCAUUCUGCUCAGGAGCAACCUCUAAGUUUGUUGGUGGAAGUGGGAGUGAAGAUGAUGAUGAUAGUCAUAGCAUGAAUAGCAUCAACAGCAGUAGCAAUAGUGUCAGUGGUGGCAGCGCCAUCGAUAUAGCACCCGUACCGCCCACAACAAGUAGUACUCAGUUCUUAGCAGACUCCAUUGAUCAUAUGACGAUUAAACCUAGAAAACCGUCCAUGUCAGGCUCCACUAUCUCGAUUCCAGAGUUAUCAAAGCAUAAAAAGAAGAUGAUGAAACGAAGGAGUUUAGUUAGAAAUGAUACAGGAGAUGCUGAUGCUGAGAACGACACAGAUGACCAGAUCUUUACUAUGGAUGACUUUGACAUUGGUAAAACCAACCACUGCCCAUUGAUAAAAAACCAGCCAAAGAAUCCACCUAGUCCCCCUUUGUUACAAAUCGAUUCGUCAUUUUUGCAUAGUCAGCAACAACAAGAUAAGGCUGAUAAUGAUUACGAUUCGGCCGAAAGUAAUUCAAUCAAUCAGCAACAACAACAACGACAGCAACAAACACCGGAUAACCCUUGGUCAUUGCAAAUAUUCAAUCGUAAUUUGCAAAAAAUGAGAAGUAACAGUAGAAAGCAACAACAACAACAGCAGCAGCAACAGUCAUCAGACGAGCCUCAAGAGAUACAAAAGUACAUUUUGAUUGAAGAUUUAACAGAUGGUGUCAAGUACCCCUGUGUCCUUGACCUGAAAAUGGGAACAAGACAGUAUGGUGUUUUUGCGUCUCGAGAAAAAAUGAGAAGCCAAACUAUCAAAUGUGAAAAAUCAACCAGUAAAGUCUUGGGUGUCCGUGUUUGUGGAAUGCAGGUAUAUGAUAACAACUCCAACGAGUUCAUAUUCCAGGACAAGUACUUUGGACGAACAUUAACACCCAGAACUUUUGUAGAAGCAUUAGAGGCUUACUUGAACAAUGGAAAAGGCUGUCAGAUUCAGCAUAUACCCGUUAUCAUUCGAAAACUUCGUAGAUUGGCGAGAAUUGUAAAAGCUAUGGAUGAUUAUCGAUUUUAUUCAUCGAGUUUGUUAAUGAUUUAUGAUGGAGAAUCCUCAGCCAUAAUACACGAUCCCAACAGCAAGACCAAGAAAAUAGAUGUCCGCAUUAUUGAUUUUGCCAAUUGCGUGACAUCUGACGAUGUUCGCUAUCAUAAUGAAGAUUUCACGUAUCCACCGAGAAAUAAAGGACCAGAUAACGGCUAUUUACUAGGAUUGAAGUCUUUAGUUUUGUGUUUUGAAUGGAUUUACAAAAAGAAUGGUGGAGACGAGCAAGAUCUACGUGUGAAUGACAACAACGAUAUCUUUAAUGAUAUUUAUGAAGCAGCGAAUGAUGAAGUUCUAGCAUCCAUUCUUCAGUAAACGAUCAACAAACGACGGCAGCCAAUAUUACCAGCAUUAUCAUCCCUUAGAAGGCACUAUAUCCAAUAAUAUCACUAUAUCAUCUUAAUACUAUAUUCCAAUUCCUUUUUCUCUGGCAGAAACAAGGUAUUCUUGAAAAGUAACAGUAGUCGUAUUAUAGUAAUCCAAUUUCUUCAUACUCAUGCAGCUAUGCUUCUUUUUGGCAAUGUUGGUGUUGUAUUAUACACUGCUUUUAUACUCCAACGUUCUUUUUUUGUAAAAUACCCUCCCUUUCUGUUACCUGCUAUUACUCAUAAUUGAUGGAAAAUAAAAAGAGUGCUUCAUUAAACAAAGA